CUACCCUUCCCUCAUUGUUUCGGGAGGUUGCCAGAUAAACAUUACUGCUUUAUGAGACUUCAUCGCUAUAAGAUUUACAUUACGUGUUGCAAAAGGGCCCGGAAACUGAAUUGGUGUUUGAUCCGAUUGUAUCAAGUGGAUAAUUAAGGCUAUCGAAUCAAGGUGUAAUGAGGUGUCUGGUCAUGGACAGAUAAUGGAUGUGGAGACAACAACACCGUACUCUGACUUCAUCAACUGUGAUCGUACAGGCCGCAGGAACGCAGUACCUGACAUACAGGGACAGGGGGCAGCAGCCAGCACCAGUGAAUUAACCAAAGACAUGGAAGGGCUGGACCUUAAGGUGGCGGAAGGAGACUCUGGUGCAUCACCAGCCCCUGAGGGUGAAGGCUUGACCAGCCAAGAGGCCCAGGGAGGCGAGGGCCCAUCCUAAACAUCCUCACAGGAGAGGAGAGCGGGACACGGAGAAGGGACAGAAUAAGACAGAGAGAGGAUCUCCUGAAUGUCCUGCCUGACUAGACCCUACCCCUCUACUAACUCAACAGUGAUGACAUCUCUCACUGUGUAGCUCUGAUGGAGCUUUGCUGGUCCAGCUGCAAGUAGGACUACAUCUGAUCUUGGCCUAGAGGUGCUGCUGGGCUACGGUGGUAAAGGAAAUGUUCUCAUAUCACUAUGAGAAUGUACCAAACUUUGGAUCUAUGUCUCUAUGUCUUUGGCUCUGUCUCUCCAGAUGUACUGAACACUAUCCUUUCUUAGAAUGAAAUGUUGUUGUUCCAAACCUAACAUGGAACUAUCAUCAAAAACAAGCUACGCAGAAUCUAUAAUCAUGUUUGCCACUUCUUUUGUGUACGUUUGUGACCCAGUUUAUUAUUUUACCUUUUUUUGUUUUACAAUAAUAAUUGUAGUAUCAUAUUUAUUUCAAAUGGUUCUCUGAUACCUUUUGUAAUAGUAAUUUCUUUUCUGUAAUAAAAUGUUUAUGUAUCUUCUGUUA